AGUCAAUUCCAGCAAAAGUUUGAAAACGAUUCAGACGAUGAUUCCAAUAUAUUUCAAAGUUCAUUGGUUCCUAUACGAUUACAAUCAAAUAUCGGAGACCAAAAGAAAAUUUUAUGGCAGAACCCAACACCGUCAUCGCCGCGGUUCUGUCGGCCAAUUCGAAUAAGGUUCCAUCAUGAAACUGCAAAUAUUAUAAAAAAUGAAAUAAAAUAUGUAGAGGACCAAAUAAAACAAUUGACAAAGACACAAGUAUCAAAUUCUACUGGAGUGAUGUAUGUUCGACAUACCUUGUUUCCAACUAUGGUAGAUGCAAAGGUGUGCAAUGCGGCCACGGGUACAACGUCGACCAUGAGAUGCUACAUAUGUGGAAAAACAGCAAAAGAGUUUAACGAUUUUAAAACAACCAAGACGGAAAAUCCUGAAGCACUUAAAUUCGGGCUUUCAACUUUACAUGCGAGAAUCCGAUUAUUUGAGACACUCCUGCACAUAGCCUAUAAAAUGCCUAUUAAAAAAUGGCAAGCUAGGGGUGAAGAUGAAAAAAAUAUUGUCAAAGAAACGAAAAAACGAAUUCUAAAAGAUGUCCCUAAAGCCGGCUUUGGAAAUUCAAACUCGGGAAAUACAGCCAGAAGGUUUUUCAGUGAUCCUGAAACAGCUUCUGAAAUCACAGGCAUCGACAUAGGCCUCAUCCAGAAGUUUAAAGUAAUAUUAGAAGCUAUUUCCUCUGGCCAUGAAAUCGAUGAAACCAAGUUUGCAAAUUUUGCCCAAGAGACCGCGGAACUGUAUGUGAAAUUAUAUGGUUGGCAUCCAAUGACACCCACAUUACACAAAAUCCUCAUACAUGGUAAUACUAUUAUCAAGCAUGCCCUUCUACCUAUCGGACAACUCUCUGAGGAGGCUGCUGAAGCCAGGAACAAACAUUUUCGGUCUUACAGACUCGAUUUUGCGAGGAAGUUCUCAAGAGUGCUGUGCAAUAAAGAUAUUUUCAACAGACUUUUGCUAAGUUCAGAUCCAUUUCUCAGCUGUAUGCGAAAACGGCAAAAACUUAGAAUAAGCCACCCUUUUUUACCAGAAACUGUAAAACUGUUUGUGCAAGUGGGUCCUUAAAAGUUCAAGAGUUGAAUGUGGAAAAUUGUGGGUGUCGAAAUUAUUUUAUGUAGUGAAGCCUUGUAUCAUAUGUAUGUAUUACUAUUUUUGGCAAUAAAUAUUAAAUAUUUAAUUUUUUUUUCACCCUGUAUUAUUACAGUAAAUUAACUAUAUAGUAUUAAAAACAGAAUUUGAAAUGAUCUCAAAUAAAAAAAUGGCAAGAAAUAAUU